AUGGCGACUUAUUACGCAGCUCCCCGCGAGAAGCGUUAUCACAAGUACAAGAAGGUUCUUUACUUGGAUCCUCCUACCAACGGUAGCAAGACCGUCCGCACUCGCGUCACUACUAUUAUUCCUCCUCCUGAGCCGGAGUACGAGCAUAUCCCGUCUCCACCACCACCCGUCCAAGCGCUCCCGGAACCCAUACAUCAUCAUCAUCAUCAUCACACACCACCACCACCAUCGGUCGUCGUCGAACCUCUGCCGCCGCCGCCUCCAACGCCAGCGCCCAUGCCCGCGCCUGUAUACCACUACCCCGAGCCCGUGCACUACUACCCCGAGCCCGCGCGGGAACCCGAACCCGAGCCGGACGUCGGCAUCGAGGUCAUCGCCGUGGACGUGGAUCCCGACCAGUCCAGCACGUCCGGGCGGUCGCGGGCCUCGCGGAGCUCCAAGAGCUCGUCGCGCAGCUCCAAGUCGUCGUCCUCCUCGUCGCGCAGCAGCGGCGGCGGCCGCAGCAGCAGACACGGCCGGGAGCGCGAGGUGUACAUCGAGCGCGAGAGGGUGGUGCCCGUCCCCGUGCGCGUGCCCGUUCCUUACCACGUGCACCACGUCGAGAUCGAGCAGCCCGAGCAGCAUCAUCACCAGCACAACCAGCACCAGGACUCGUUCCGCUACAUAGAAGCGCCGAGGCGGUACGAGCCUCCCCGCCGUCGGAGCCCCGACCACGAGAUCGUUAUUGAGGAUCAUCGCCAUCGGAAGUACAUCCGUGACGGCUGA